CAUCGUAAAUACGAUCUAUCAUCGAUUGCAUAAAAUCAAUCAAUAUUUGAUGAAUAAUUUACAAAGUCCAUACAGCCAUAUAUAGCUAAGCAAUUUGACAUUCCAAGAUAAAAAUUUUACAAUAGACUAAAGUGUCACUAAAGCGCUUGCGCACGGCCCAAGUGAGCAGACGACACUGAAUGGAAGAUGCUCUGUAGAGGAGAGACUGAGGGAAUAAUUUCCUUGUCUUUUUUUACUCAAUUCUAAGUACUAAUGAGAAAAGAAAUGCCACAAUGUGUUCCGUUUACGUUGUAUGUGAUACAGAAAACGAGUGCAUUUUGAAAAAUCGGUGAAAUAAUAGGGAAAGGGGUGAUUGUCGCCCAAGAUGAUGUGUGUGUGACAGAUGAAGAAGGGCAAAUCUGCUUAGGCUCGGCAUUCCACAGACGUUGGUGCUCAAGAAUCGCUUAAAUUUCCGGGAGUGAGAUAUUUGUGGUCAUGAUGUGAUGUAAUGAAGGCACGAUGGUGGAAGUGAUGAGGAGGUGGUGCUGACAGACGCUGGUGCAAGAGGUUGUCCACAUGGAGACCACUUUUACCUUCUCCUCUUGUGAACUUCGAAACAUGAUGCUGAACACCGACCAAGUUUCUUCUCGGUGGCUUUCUUCUAAAUGCAUUAAUGGCGAUGAUGAGGUCUUCUGCUGCCGUAGAUGAGGCCCAAGUGGGAUGGGUGUGAGAGUGUCAUGGUGGGUGGUCGUGGUGGUGGUGGUGGAGGUGGUGGGUGCCUAGCGCCGCCCACCCCAAAGGCUGCUGCUGCCCUUCCCCACCCCCUGCCUGCCCGCCCCCCCACUUGCUGCCAUGGUGCAGGCCAAUGAGGAAGUGAUGUCCCGCCCCUCGGAGUGUGACUCACGGCCCUCCACAAGUGGCUCUGGCCCGUAUGUCCACAACAAAGUGGUGCUCAACAAUAGGUGGCCAGGGGGGGCACGGCCUAAGAUCUUCAACCACAGAUCGUUCAGCUCAGGCUCCCGCCCAUCUGUGCUCUCGAGGGCGUCGGGCUCUUUGCGCUCCGUGUCCCGCCCCGGGUCUCGAGCCGGGUCGGGCUUGGGUUCCCGAGGGUCGCUACUCUCAGGUUCGGUGGGUACGGCCGAGGAUGUGGGCUCUGGGGUGUCGAGACUACGGCGGGAAUUGCCUUCCAUAUCAGACAUCUGCGGCUAUGACGAGGUGCAGGAGUUGCUGCGCGACAUUGAGCAGCUGGAGUGCCGCCGAUGGACGUCCGACUGGGACUCGUUCACGAUCCAGUCCUCCCACCCGGACCUGGAUCUGCCGCACGACAUCGAGCUUCUCUCGCACGACUUCGACUCCAUUUCCCGCUCAGACUCCCGCCUCUCGUGGGACUCCCACGCCGGGCGCCAACCCGAGGAUGACGAGGACGACCCGGACCCCAGCUCUGGCGAAAACUCGCCCGAACCUCAAAGAAACCGUCGUCCCACGCCCACGAUUACUAUAGCAUGGGAUGACUCUCACCUCAAAACCUCUGUUGGCAUUUUUAGACUAUUAUUAGUAGUUGUGUCUGUCAUUACAAUGACGUGUGCAUGUACAGUUGGCACAGCUCGUCUCAGUAUAUUCGUGUUGCCUGGUGCGUGGCGUUUACGCGUUGUGGUAUUCACUGCCGUCUUCACCAUCCUAACUACCACCAUCCUCUUACUGCUACACCUCUCAUCACUUGUCCACUCACUCACACUGCGCUGGGAUAAGCUGGUGACCGUGAUAUAUGUGUUUGUUUGUGUGUGUUAUUUGGUAUCAGCCUCAUUGCUGCUGCAUCUGCUGCAUCUCUAUCACACCACAUAUCCAUGGAUCCCUGCAUGGACUAAACAGCAGCUAUUAACUACAUCGCUUUGUGGAUGUGCAUGUGGGGUGGUGUCACUGGUGCUGGCCGUUAUCUCAGGUUGUGGCUGGCCUCGCUACGGCCGGGUGCUCAGUGAAGGCUCCACUACAGACACCACGUCCUCUCAUCACCUGCACACUCUCCACCACAUCAACCCCCACGCCCUGGCGGGGCCUGCAGCCGGCAUGAUAUCGUCUAGAAGUCUGCGUCAGGGCUCUGGGACAUCCUUGGGCGGUGGUGGUGGUGGUAGUGGGGGGGGUCAAGGUCAAGGUCACCAUGUCACGACGGCCUUCACCCCGGAUAGCCUGAACGACCCGCAGCCAGGACCUUCCAAAGCUCUGCCACACAACCACACUCCGGCGCGUCCUCAAGCCCUGCACGGUCUCACGCAGCACCAUGGGAUCUAGUACUAGUAGUGAAUCUCUUUUUGUUACUUUUUCAAGGCGUGUGAUAGAAAAAAUAGGAAGAGAAAAUCAUAAGAAACCCCACAGAUAGAUAGGUACCUCACACAUCCUACCAAUCCGCCACCUGACAAUUCCCAUAGGCAGUAGCAGGCCACUGCUCUGUGGGUGACCUCAAGUGACUACUACAAUUGGUGUUCGUUCGUAUGGUGCAGUGUGAGUGCCACCAGUGUCAGAGGCGCCAGUGUGAGGCAGUGUGGUGGCGAGACGGACAAGAGGCCAGAGUGAGUGUGAGUGGAGACUGUCGCCCACCGCCACCAAUUUAUGCUCGUACUGUAUGAUGAUGAUGAUGAUGGUGAUAAUGAUUAUGAUGAUAUGAUGAUGAUGAUGAUGAUGAUGAUGAUGAUGCACGUUCACCUUGUGAUACCCAGCUAUCCAUGCUAUUAGCGGGAUGACUUUGCUUGUUGUUUUUCCAAGUUUUUAGAUGAACUUUGAGACUGGAGAUGUUAUUGCCCUUUUAGAUGAAUCUUGAUACCAGAGACUUUAAACCUUGUACAUAGUUAGACAACUAGUUUUCUAGGAUACUGGUUUUUAUUAUUCCUAUGCCAUAUUGCUUCAUUUUUUACUAGUUGACUCAAUUUCUUCCAUUCAUAUAUUAGAGCAUUGAGUGCUGCCAUCUUGUGACUUGGACUGCACAGUGUUUGCUGUGUUGGCCAGCCGAGAAGCAAGACAUAUCCCUCACCACGACCACCCACCCACCCAUCUGCCAAUCCAUUUUCAUACAUACCAUGCGCUCUGUCAUACACAAUCACCACCACACUACUCCUCCCCCUCCUCCUCGCCUCCUCCUCCUCCUCCUCUUCUUCUUCCUCCUCUCUAUCACCACCACCACCACCACCACCACCACUACUACUACUACUACUACUACUACUACUACUACUACUACUACCAUUUCUAUUAUUACUACAAGUACUAAUAGCAAUUUUCAGAUUUGUAUAUACAUUUUUUGAUAGUGUUUUGAAUUUUAUUACGUGCUGUUCCACUUUCAAAGCAUAAACUGUCAGCUGAUUUCUGUAUGAUAAACCGAGUCACUGAAAUCAGGGCGAGUGAGAGGUGAAGCUGGUAGGAACGUUGAAGUGACUGAGAA